AUGCCGUGGCCUUUCUCGGAGUCCAUCAAGAAGAGGGCCUGCAGGUACCUGCUGCAGAGGUACCUGGGCCACUUCUUGCAGGAGAAGCUCAGCCUGGAGCAGCUCAGCCUGGAUCUCUACCAGGGCACCGGCUCCUUGACGCAGGUCCCUCUGGAUAAGUGGUGUCUUAACGAGAUUCUGGAGUCUGCAGAUGCGCCUCUGGAAGUCACAGACGGAUUUAUCCAAUCCAUUUCUUUAUCUGUUCCAUGGGGGUCAUUGCUACAGGAUAACUGUGCAUUAGAAGUAAAAGGAUUAGAGAUGGUCUUCAGGCCAAGACCAAGGCUUGCAUCUGGGUCUGAGCCUAUGUAUUGGUCAAGUUUUAUGACCAGUAGUAUGCAGCUUGCAAAAGAGUGUCUUAGCCAAAAAUUGACAGAUGAACAAGGAGAAGGGUCCCAGCCUUUUGAAGGACUUGAGAAAUUUGCAGAAACUAUUGAAACAGUUCUAAGAAGAGUGAAAGUUACCUUUUUAGAUACUGUUUUGCGAAUAGAACAUGUGCCGGAAAACUCUAAAAGUGGAACUGCACUUGAAAUUAGAAUCGAAAGAACUGUGUAUUGUGAUGAAACUGCAGAUGAGUGCUCUGGAAUUAAUGUACAUCAGCCCACAGCUUUUGCUCACAAGUUACUGCAGCUUUCAGGUGUCUCUUUCUUCUGGGAUGAGUUUCCUGCAUCAGCAAAGUCCUCCCCAGUGUGUUCAGCUACACAGCUGGCAACUGAACCAAAGCUUUCACCUAGCUGGAAUCCAAAAAUCAUUUAUGAGCCACAUCCGCAAUUAACAAGAAACUUGCCAGAAGUUACUCCGUCUGACCCUGUACAGAUCAGUAAGCUCAUUGGUAGAAUGGAGUUGAGCCUAACAUUAAAGCAAAAUGAAGUACUUCCUGGAGCUAAGUUGGAUGUAGAUGGACAAAUAGACUCUGUCCAUCUAUUUCUGUCACCAAGGCAGGUGCAUCUUCUGUUGGACAUGGUAGCAGCUAUUGCUGGACCAGAGAGCCUAAACAGGAUAGAAUUGUCAAAUAAAGAUAGGAAGAACCGGCCAAUGCAACAGGAAGACGAGUAUCGGAUUCAGAUGGAGUUGAAACGUUAUUUAAGAAAAGAGUCUUUAUCUGCAGGAACAUCAUCUGAACAAAGCUUUUAUGAGACAGAGAGUGCCAGAACGCCUUCUAGUCGUGAAGAAGAAGUUUUCUUCUCAAUGGCUGAAAUGGACAUGUCUCACAGCCUUUCCUCCCUUCCACCUCUUGGAGACCCUCCAACCAUGGAUCUAGACUUGUCUUUAACCAGUACAUAUACAAAUACACCAGCAGGAUCUCCACUGAGCACUACAGUGCUUCAACCAACUUGGGGUGAUUUUCUUGAUCGUAACAAACAAGAACUACAACCUCCAAGGGGUUCUUCUCUUACGGCCAACAUGGUUCACCAGACUUCCUUAAGAAGGACCUCUAUUCCAUCCAGAUCUGUUUCUGUGGAUGAAUCCAGACCUGAGCUGCUUUUUAGACUGGCAGUUGGAACUUUCUCAGUGUCUGUACUUCAUAUUGACCCUUUACCCCCACCUGAAAGUUCACUGAACCUUAACCCAUUGACACCAAUGGCUCGGCAUUUCUUUACCCGAAUAGAAAAGAUUGAGCCAGUUAAGUUUUCAACAGAAGAUUUUCUGUCCUUCCGAGAAGUAUUUGCAGAAGCUUGUUCUCAUGAUCACCUUAGAUUUAUAGGUACUGGCAUCAAAGUGUCUUAUGAACAAAGACAAAGGACUGCCUCUCGAAGUUUUAGUACUGAUUUAUCCAUUGGGGACAUGGAGUUCCUGGAAUGCCUUUUUUCUACUGACUCUGAUUCCGUUCAGCCUCACUAUACAGAGCUGCUGACAUUUCAUUCUGAAGAAAGAAAUGAUUCUCAUGCUAUGCCAUGCCUUCAGCUUCAUUAUAAGCAUUCAGAUAAUAGAGGACCUCAGGGUAGUCAAGGGAGACUCAGUUCUGUUCCACAGAAAGCAGAGUUGCAAAUAAAGUUAAGUCCAGUGUUUUGUGAGUUGGAUAUUAGUAUUGUAGACAGAUUAAAUUCCUUACUUCAACCACAGAAACUAACUACAGUGGAGAUGAUGGCAUCUCACAUGUAUGCUUCUUACAACAAGCACUUAAGUCUG